AUGUCAAAAGGAAAUUGUGUGGACAGCAGGAACCACGAAGCCGCAGGGGAUGCUUGCGAAAGCGAGAGCCAGAUUGAUCUUGUUGCCUGUGAUCUUUUUCGGAUGACUCGAUUCGGCUGGUCGUGUUUGUUUGUCGUUCUCCUCUCCGGUCUUCUCCUCCACCUCGGGACAGUCCUCGGCCCUGCUUGCACCGAACUUGGAGGUAUCUUGGAUCUGACUUCAUGGGGACACGGGAGAGCAGCUCCAAAUCGAACCAGCAUCGGGGAAUGGAGCUUAGCACACAGUUCGCCAUCGACGGAUGCAUGUUGGCCCGCACACUUGUCGUUGCAAGCGUCGACGCCACCAUUUAAAGUGCAGACUACGGCUCCAAGCUUCCGUCUGGACGCCCAAAUUGACUGCUUGAUAGAGGAGAACGAGAGUGAGUAA